GGAAAUGUGUCAGAGGAUGGGAGUUACCUGCAGCCACAGGCAGCCCAGAGAGUAGACUGUUCAGAGAGCUGGGUGUCUCUCACACGCAAAGGAGACAUGGCGGGGGAUAUUGUGGUGGGGAUACUCUAUAAUUUAGUACUACCUCUUCUUCUGCUUGCAGGUAAGUUGGGUUUGGAAGAAUGUAAGGUAACAAUUCAAGUGUCAGGUAUCAAUACAGCAGGACGGUGGACGUGUUAGUUAUUGAGGUCAUAGUAGUGGUUUUUACAGUUCUAUUGAGAGAUUCUGCUUUUAUAAAGUGCUCAAAGAAUAUUGCUAGAAACACCAUUUUGGAUGCUUUACAGAAAGCACAAAUAAUGUAUGUGAGACAUGUUGUUUGGGGGAAUGCACAGAUUAAUCCAUUAUUUCUUGUUUCCCCUGAUGGUAAUUAUUUGAGUGGAUGAAGGAUUGCAAUAUUUACCUGGAGCUAACCCUGCAGAUAGCACUACUGGGUGAUCUGAAAAGUCAUAGUCAAUCGAUCAAUAAUAUAAUAAUACUUUAAGCAAAAAUGUUUAUUUUCAAUUUACAAUCUGUAGAAACAAUGAGAAUAGAAGGGUUCAGAAUUUUUGUGAAACAUCACAGUACAGUUUUAAAAUAUAUGGCAAAUAGAAAUCCAAUAUGGAUGGUGUUAAGAGAUAGAUGGGAGGUGUUGAAUGGAGUUGAAGGAUGGGACUAAUAACAACUAACAACAACUAAUAAUGGGCUCCCGAGUGGCGCAGCGGUCUAAGACACUGCAUCUCAGUGCUUGAGGUGUCACUACAGACCCCCUGGUUUGAUUCCAGGCUGUAUCACAAUCGGCCGUGAUUGGGAGUCCCAUAGGGCGGCGCACAAUUGGCCCAGCGUCGUCCGGGUUUGGCCGGUGUAGGCCGUCAUUGUAAAUAAGAAUUUGUUCUUAACUGACUUGCCUAGUUAAAAAUAUAUAAAAAUAACAACAAGAUAACUAAUGUAAAGCAUACUGUGUCCAUUAUAGGUUGAGAGCUUUUGUGAAAGAGCACAGUUAGAAAGAUUAUGCAUCUAGAAGCAAACCGGAUGGACGUCAUGAAAAUGAUCGGAGAGGUUGAGGGUAGAGGAAGUUCAGGAGUAAAAACAAACAAAAUAUAAUUAUUGUAAAAUUGACUGUGUCCAUAAAAUGUAUAUAGUAUGUAUAAGCUGGAAGUAGAGGCCUAAGCAUUGUUGUUCACUAGUUUACUCCAAUUAGGGAAGGGGUGGUGGAGUUGGAAAGUAAUAAAGGGAAAUAUAUAUUUUUUAAAGGAUAUGUAUGUAUAUGUAUUUAUAUGUAUGUGUGUGUAUAUGUAUGUGUAUGUAUGUAUAUGUGUGUAUAUAUAUAUAUAUAUAUAUAUAUAUAUAUAUAUAUAUAUAUAAUAUAUAUAUAUAUAUAUAUUUAUUUGCAAGAAAAAACCCAUAUGGGGGAUUAGAAGUGAUGCAGACAAUUACAUUGAUGGAAGUUACAAUGUAUCUGCAACAUUAAAGCUGAUCUACCCCCUAAAAAAAAAUAUAUAUAUAUAUUUGAGUGGACACAUUGUAAUAAUGUGAUCAUGUAGUAAUUGAGUAAAGUGUGCCGUAAAACUGUACUGGGAAAUAAAAAUGUUUUGUUGUUGAAUAGUAUGUUUAUUGCAUUGUUGUGUUCUCAACAGUACAAUAUUGAGCAUGUGAGUUCAGAGAUGUGUGUAAUUGUGCACUAAAAUCAGAUACUUUGAACUUUUCAGAUUAUGGAAUUUUCACAAUGCCCUCAAAUGACAUCAUUUCCAAGCGUUCCAAAUGAGCAUGUUGACAGCUGGCCAUGCCUCUCUUAGUGUUAAAUCAAGGAUACAAAAUCUACUCUGACCAAAAUAUUAUUGCAGAUCAUUUAUGAUGUAUUUAGCUGUUGUAUAAAGAAAGGAAAAUUAAACAAGCAGAAAACCUUUGCCUGUCACCUUUAAGACACAUUUUCCAUUUUAAGUGUAUUUUCAUUCAGUAAGUAUUAUACUUUUUUACCUCACAAUUAAGUAUAGAAAAUCAAGAUUCCAAGUAAUUUCAAAAAGAAACAAAUAUAAUACUGAUUAAAUUAUACUUUCCUUCAUUUGAGUGUUUUGUAUUAUUAAAAGUUUAAAGUUAACACUAUGAUCCGUGAUUUUGAUGUCAGUUUCAUUGCCAUUGUUGGUCGAAGAAGACCAAGAAUAAAAUGUGGUGUGACCAGUAAGCCGCAUUGUUUUUUAGCUAGCUACUUGUUUACUGUGUGAUGGGGCUUUGUUCAGUCUAACACUUGUGCAUUUUGUAUUAGUAGGUGCAAUGGAUCAUAGCAUUUUAUUACCAAAGCCUUUUCUCUUUGAUGGAUAAUACAGUAGGCUGUUUGUUUCUAGCAGCUGUUGAUGAAUUAUUGCUUUCUGUUUCAACUGUGUUUAUUUGGAUUUUCCGUAGGAUGGACUCAACAUAAUGAGCAAUCACAUAAAAUACAGCACCGAAGACAAAUUAAAAUUACAGUAUGUACCUAGAUAUUAUAUUAUACAUACAAAUAAACAUCCAUGUAAAAUCUUUGUUAUCUCUCCAUAGCGUCAUCCUUCCGGUACAAUGGUCUGUCUGUGGUGUAUUUCCUUUUCCUGCUCACCCUUCCUCUGCUGCCAAACCCCUCUCUCACCUCCAUGCAAGGUAAGACCUCAGAGUAACACCACUAGGUCUGAAAUGGCACCCCAAGUUGUAGACUAUAAAGAAUAAGGUGCAUUUUAUUCCAAGUUACACUGACUUUUAUCCUAUGCUACAGGGUCCUCUAUACGUUUUUAAUGUUUGCUAAUAAACACCAUGUUUGAUCAAUGUGGCCCUUGGGAGACAAAUCGUUUUAAUGUUAAUGUUUAUUGGGCUGCCUGUCUAUUAUUUGCAGAAUAGUGUUAAAGUACACUCAUAUAGGGUUCUUCGAUUUGUCCCCAUUGGGGAACCCCUUUUGGUGCUAGGUAGAACCCUUUGCAAAGGUUCCUACCUAGGACCCUCUAUGUAGGGUUCUUCAUAGUACCCCCUAUAUAGGGUUCUGCCUAGAACCCUCUAUGAAGGGUUCUACCAAUAACCAUUUUAUCAUCUAAAGCUUCUUGCUAGAACCAUCUAUGAAGGGUUCUACUGAUAACCGUUUUAUCUUUGUAGGGUUCUUCCUAGAACCGUCUAUGAAUGGUUCCAUCAGCCUCAUUAGCCUUCUAAAAUAAAAUAAUUUAUAACAAUAAUUACAAAUAUCAAAGGCCUUUCUUUUAGGGCCUAGUUAUACCCUAACACAUCAGGCUUGCAAGUCACAUUAUGCUAGCUUGCAAAUUGAUGUGUAAUUCCUAUUGGAAUCUAGCCAGAGUUAGAAUAUCCAACAAGUGGAAUUUUUUUAUCACUCGCAACCUGCAUUCAGAAUGACUGCUAGGGUAGGGAAGAUUGAAUACUGAGACUACCUCAAUCAUGUGAACUGGAACAUCCAUCCCAGUAACUAGUGUAAUAAGUUGUGUGUAAUAACUACUAACAGAUUGGAUUAGUUUAGAAAAAUGUAUGUUAUUUAUCUUUGUGUAGCAUAAAACUAAUCAACCAAUCAAUGUACAUGCAAAAACACAGAUAUUAAAACAAACAGUUCUGUAAAUAACCCACAAUAGAGCAUGCUGGGAAAUGUGGCUCUAUGUAGAACCCUUCUUGCCUUUCAAAAAAUCCAUCUUGCCUUCCAAACAAUCAUUAAACAACCCUUUCUUCCAAAAACGAUUCAUAGAAUGUUAAAGGUUCUAGGUAGAACCCUUUACCUUACAAAGAACCCUUGUCUUCCAAAAAGGGUUCUUCAGAUCAAAAUAGUUAUAGGUAGAACCCUAUCCCUCCACAAAGAACCCUUUUGGAACCCUUUUUUCGAAGAGUGUUGCAGUGUGUGUGUGUGUGUGUGUGUGUGUGUGCGAGCGUGUGUGAUUCCUCAACUCAUAUUGACCAACAUACAACAUGUGUGUGCAUUCUAUUGUAUGUUUAUCAAUAAAGUUGAUGAAUUAAAAGAUUGGCCAUUUACUUUGUAAAGGGAUGUUGCUAGUAUGGUCUGAUCUAUUAUGUAUAACCUAGUAAUUACAUAGUGGAAUUAAAUGUUGUGGUGUCAGCAUUUGCGAGAUGGUUUUCUUGCAUGCUGGACUAUUAGCCCUUUUCUCUUUAAAAGCUUUGUGUAUCAUUUUUCAGUCUUUGUCUCGCUAAUAUGACAUCACCCCUGGGUUGAGUGGUCAGGGGUGGGGUGCAGAGAUUAAACACAUCAUACAGAAGCAGAAUUGACCGGCCUUCACUUAGUAGAGCAGAAAUGAAACAAAGCUUUUAGUAAAAACCUGGGCAUCGGAAGCCCAUUUGCUGGCUCCGCUAAUGCUGCACCAUUCCACCAGGCCUUGUUUUCACUCUUCUCUCUUAAUUAUAGGGGUCAGCCUCUGUUAAUAUGCCACUGCUGUCUAACUGCUCUGUUCUGUUCGGUUAUUGCCUACAGAGGAAAUUGUUGGCUUUUGUUGGAGUUGAACAUUUGAAAAUGUCAAGACAUACACAUUUCACAGAGCAUUAGAAAUCUUUGUCUUCAUAGAUACGGUAUCUAUUCAAUGUACACACACAAUUAAACUGAAACCAAAUGUCUUUGUUAAGUACAAGUGUUAUCUUUUUUUAUUUAAUUUGUUCUGCUGUUCAGGCAAAUCCAGUUCCAUGUUGCCUACUUUAUUAAACUAUCGAUCACAGAAACUUCUCACAAGACACAGAAUGACUCUGUGGUUUUAAUACUGUCGUUAGGCAUCCUUUGGGAAGGCAGAAUGUGAUAAUCCUCGUUUAGUAAGCACAGCUCACUACGUAUCUGUAAGUACAGAGACCUAUAUUAUCUGCAUUUCCACAGUAGACACUACCACUAUCCUCAGCCGUUAAGAUAGGGGAAAAUUGAGUUAAAAAAGGCCAUUAAAAGUAACAGCCUAAUUACAUGCAGUGAUCCCUGUACGGAUGAUAACAGAAUACCGACUGGCUGAUCUGAAUACUUGUAUGUGUCUCAGAGGGGUUGGGAAAGGAAUAAAGACAUGUACUGUUUCUCACAAAAAUGGAAAAUAACGUUUCUAUUCUAUUCUCCCCCCAGUAAUCUGUGUCUCUGGUCUUGUAUUUCUAAAGGAAAAACAGGGACGUUCCUGCUGCUCAUCUGUUCUACCAGCGUGACGUUUCUGGCUCUCCAGUGUUUCAUGCAGAUCACUUUUGCCUACGUACCUCAGUAUGGUAAGAUAACACCAGCCUCUAUCAGCUCACUGAGCUAUUAACAACAAAUACUCAGAGAUGCUGCUGGACAGCAACCAAAAGAGAGACAGAUGUUUGUUUUAGCAUUUUAAUACAUGGAGAGCAUAAUGAACUUACUCAUUCAAGAAAACAUUUAUGAGGGUGGAUGUUGCUUUGGCAUUUUGCUGAUAAGACAAGACUUGAUUUCUAUCUGAAAUAUUUGUGUUGUUCAACAGAGAACGAAUAUUGGGAGAAUAUUCUCUACCAUCUGGGCAUUGUACGGUAGGGCCACAUUUUCUUUACUUUUUUAAAACAGACUUUGGUGUUGUUUCUAAUGCGGGUGUUGUUAAUCACUUGUUGUGUGUUAUGUCCCCAGGUUCAGUUUGGUGGAUGCAGGGAACAUUGUGCGUCUCUUAGCCCCUGAUCUGGGGCUCUUCCUGUCAGGGCUCUUCAUACUGCGCCUGGUCAGGAAGCUGCUGCGCCCCAUGCCCCAACUUAACCAGAACUGUAUCGCACCCUCUGACCCUGAGGUAUGCACAUGGCCAAUUUCAUCUGCCACUUUUGUUCAAUUCACAGUACACAGUAGUUUAACCAUUAUUGUUUUAAAUGAGAGCGUUAGAAAUGUACAUCAUACAUGCCGAUAUGUUCUAAAUAAUUUGAAGGUGAGGCGCAUCACCUUCUCAUGCAGUAUUUCAGCACUUCUACUCUAGUGGUUUGAACAUGGAACUCCUUUAGAUUGAAUCUGUUAUAAAGUAAAAUGGUGUUAUGUCCGUCAAACUAGUGCUCUUCUGACAAAGCAGGAUGUGGACAUGUCCGACUCAGAGUCUGAGGUUGGCAGUGAGGUCACAGGCGGCUCGUCCUAUGACAGUUCAGAUGAAAGCAUAGCGGUGCCGGCAGCCCUUCCUCAGUUUGUCCAGAAGUUCAUUGCAUUUGCCCUUGGACUGCGCCUCUUGCUGUCCGCCAUCAUGAACACAGCAGGGAAAGUAGUGGUCACCAUACUACUAGGGCUGGCAGGUACAUCUCAAAAGGCUGUCCUUUCCUUGCUGUACAUUCUAAUCUAAUUCAUUGCAUUCAAAGAAGUCACUUUGGACUCUUAUGUACUAUUCUUGCGAGCCAGACUCAAAGUCUUGCAUUGGCUCAGCCUUCUCUGCUGUAUAGCUCAGCCAAAUGAAGACAACUAAUUUACUAUCUGCUCCCCCACACUACUAUAAUCUUCUCCUUUCUCCUCUUGACUGGUCCUCCUCCCCAUGUACCAGGCAUCACUCUGCCCUCCCUGACCUCAGUGGUGUAUUUCGGGACGUUCCUGGGCCUGGUGUGGUGGUGGGUGUUACUCCGCUCCCUCAGCAUGCUGUUCUUCAGUACCCUCUGUGUGAUGAUGGCUAUAUUCAGCACCGGUCACCUGUUGAGCCUCUACCUGUACCAGCUGCCCCUGGCCCAACAGAUCGUACCCCCACAGGACAUCUAUGCCAGGUAGGGCCAUGGGACCAGGAUGUAGCAUCACAGGAUACUGGCUGGACACUGACUGUACAGAUACAAAACUAAUUGUAUUUAUUCAUAUUGUCGAAAUAGAAAAUAAUAACACACUCUACUACACUGGACACAGACAUACACAAUCACUGUUAAAUGUCAUAAACUGAUACAUGCCCGUCUUCAGAUUUCAGUAUCUACUUGAUCUAUCCACUGUGAAUUUUGUUUGUUAACCGAUCUGGUGUAUCUCUCUCUGGUUUUGUUCAGGCUGUUUGGUAUAACAGCGGUCAUCCAAACCAAUGAGACUGAGCCAUACAGUCUGGGUCUGCAGCCAGACGUCAGCUGGCCUGUCUUCACCAACCCCAUUGUGCUGCUGCUCCUCUAUUACACACUGGUGGCUCUGCUGCACAAGUGGGUCAACAUCACUGAGGAGGAGGAGGUACUUUAACUAAGACUGAGGCGCCAAUGCAACUAAGAGGCCUAAGUUAAUGACUGUGUCCGAAAUGGCACCCUAUUCCCUAUAUAGUGCACCACUAUAUGGGUAGGGCUCUAUAUAAUGAAUAGGGUGACAUUUCACAUGCAGUCAAUGACUUGUGGAUGAAAGAAAACUGGGUUUAUGCUGCUGGUUUAUGCUUUAUUGGAGGUGUUAAUUGUGUGUGUGUGUCAUUUCAUGGUGCUGUCUGUGUAUUUCUGCUAGGAUACUCUGGAGAAGUCUGAGAGUCCAGUAGAAACCCAUGAGGAUCCCCCCAGCUUCUCCAAGAUCUUAUUCAUCUCAGGAGACAGACUGGAGGUGUUGAAAUCUAAUACAGUUCUAUUUCACAAUCUAGCCUCUUGUAGUGUUGCCAACAUGAUUUUCUACAGAUUUCUUGAACAGUUGUCUUUCUUUGUCUAUCACAGCUACUGACCAGUACGGAUGAUGAAGCGUACAUGCCAGAGGAGGUACAUGAGGUACAUUCUGCUCUCCCAAUGUACCCCAAAGUGUUGUUGUUAUAACUACUUUAAAGGGACUUUAAAUGUCUGGUUAGACACUAUAUAUAUUUGGUAUGCAUCACUUUUCUUCAAAGACAAAAUUCAUAGUAAACUGUUUUUCCUCUGCAGCCAAUGGUUUUACUGAUGAGCAGCUCAUGGCAUGAUCUGAGAGGACAGGAGGUGGGGUCACUGCUGGUAGGGCCAGCGGCAGGAUAUUCAAAUUGCUACCCUCCACCACAAUAUGAAGGAAUAGACUUGUCACUCUCACAAGGUAGGUGACGUAUGGGAAGUAUUAUUGGUCACACUUAAUUUGGAUAGUCUGGAUUUCCCAUCUGUAGAUGCAAAAGUAUCUGUUGAUAAGCAACUGCUUGCUAAGGUUAGGGUUAGGGUUACGUUAGGUUUAGAAUAAGGGUAAGGGUUAAGGUAGGGGAUAGGGUUAGGGUAAGGGUUAAGUUUAGGAUUAAGGGUUAAGGUUAGGGUUAGAGCUAGGGUUAGGAUAAGUAGAUAGUUAGUUGAAAUGUUACUGUAGAGAUCUACAGAUGGACUAUCCAAAUAAAGUGUUGCCGUAUUAUUUAUAUCCACCUGGAUAUUUUGAUCGUACCCAGUCAUGAAUAAAUGGUAGUAAUUUGAUAUUUAAUAAAUAUUCCUCACUAGUGUAGAAUCUGACACAGCACAGUCUUAAAAUCUGACAAUUAUAUGCAAUAGAAACUCUUCUAAACUACAUCCUCUGCUGUUUUUCCUCUCUCAGAGUCAGAGGAGGUGAAAGAGAUGAGUGAGGAAGAGAAGGAGAGGAGUGAGGAAGAGAAGGAGAGGAGUGAGGUGUCUAUACAGGAUACAGAGACCAUUCCCACCCCUCCUGGCCCCAGUGGACUGGUUGUGUUCGGCCUGUUCAUCAUGAAGCACAGCUAUGUCAGCGCACUCAUCAUCAUGAUGGUAAACCACUUUAUUUCUAUGAUGGUAUUAUAGUUUUGGUGUAGACAUUAGUCAUUGAACAAUUCACUUUAUGAAAACAGUUCCUUUAAAAAUCAAACUGAAUAGAGAUCAAUUACCUUCACAUUACCUUACAUCUCUUUAACAUAAACAUGGCUAUAUAACUACACUCUUAGAAAAAUAAUUGCUAUCUUGAACCUAAAAGGGUUCUUCAGAAGUCCCCAUAGCAUAACCCUUUGAAUGAUCCUUUUUGGUUCCAGGUAGAACCCUUUCGGGUUCCACGUAGAACCCAUUCCUCAGAGGGUUCUACAUGCAACCCAAAAGGGUUCUCCUGUGGGGACAGCUGAAGAACCCCUUUGGAACCCUUUUUUCUAAGAGUGUAUUUAAGAUGUGUGGCGUGCCUCCUGUGUUCCUUCAACCCCUCAGGUGUGGAGCAUCACCUAUAACAGCUGGCUGACGUUCGCCCUGCUGGUGUGGUCGUGUCUGAUCUGGAUGAUGCGUGACCGUCGGCGCUAUGCCAUGAUGAGCGCUCCCUUCCUGGCGGUGUACGGCACCGUGCUGCUGCUGCUCGCCUUCCUGAGCGGCCUGAGGCUGCGGCAGGACGAGCUUUACCCUGGCCUACCUCACGCCGUGCUGGUAGACUUUGACAUGGUCACUUACCCAGUACCCUGUGUCCACCUGGGAGCCAAGAUGUUCUACGCCUUUAGCUUCUUGCUUCUGUUCCGUCAACAACUGAAGGAGAAACAGGAAGAGCAGGAUCUGAAGGAGUCAGAAGAGUCUCUGGAUGAAGUCAAAGUGCUACCAUGUAUGGACUCUUCUCCUUUUAUGCAUACUUUAUGGAUUCACAUUGAUAAAGUCACAUUCUCUAAUACAGUAUUGAUCAAAUGCAUUAGAAAUGCAUAUGAUAUUGUACCCAGGUGUCUGUAACAUUCUUCACUUAACAGUGCUCUAACCCAUAGAGGUGUUUGACCCUUUGAACCAGUUCUAUGUUGUGUUUGACCCUUUGAACCAGUUCUAUGUUGUGUUUGACCCUUUGAACUAGUUCUACGUUGUGUUCCUCCUCUCCCUUAGCGGAUGAAGGUGACACCUCCUCCAUAAUGGAGAUGCUGGGUUCAGCGGUCAAAGGAACCCUGGUGAAGUACUGGAUCCUGUUCUGCUGCUCUACGUUCUUUGUGGUCAGCUUCUCUGGGAAGGUGAUGGUCUACAAGAUCCUCUACAUCGUGCUGUUCCUCUUCUGUGUUGUCCUCUAUCAGGUGGGCCUCAUACUUACUUCUAGAUAAUGUUAUACCAAUGUUGUUGUGUGUACUGCACAGGAAAUACCAUAUAUAUUGUGCUCUAUAAAUAAAGUGUAUAUUACAUAAGCUUCUAUAUACAAUGUUAUUCAAAAGAGAAGGGAAUUAACAAACUGAGUGAAAGAUAAGAUUGUGUCAAAUGAAAAGGAAAAUGGCUGUGAAAUUGUUUGAUUUAAGAGCCAUAUUAGCUAGUUAACCAAGAAUUUCUAGUGAUGCUAAUGAUACGGUAAUUAACUAACUAACUAAUAGUCAUCAUUAGCUGUUUACGGCACUUAAGAAGCAAAGAGGGUCAACAAAACAUUAUGACACAUUUACCUUCCCUUUGCAUCCAAUACCUCAACGACAGCCCGAGACUCUCAUCAAUACAGAUCCGGUUAUGAAUAUUGAUCCUACUUCGUAAACACAGACACAAAACAUUUCUGCUGCCGUUUUCCUGGUUUCCCUCCUCAUCUUGUAUUUCUGCUGACCUUUUAGCUCUGAGCACUUACAGCAACUUAUUGGCUUAACUACUACCUCACACCACACAUACUGUAAGGAAGCCAAGAUGACCCUCUUGUUUAUCAUUGCCAGCAGCACUGUUGUUUCACAAACAGUCUGACUGAGGGGAAAUAUAUAUUGCGUAUAUUGCUGCAUUAUAUUUAAUAAUGUAGGUAUUAUUAUGUAAAACAUUGUGAAUGUGGAAAUAACAUAUGAAUACAGGGGACACACUCUUUUCACGCCACUUUGAUACAGCUACGACCAGAAGUGAUUUUCGUAGCAGGUUAGGAGAGCAUUUUCGCUAUCUAGAACCCUCUAUGCAGGAUUCUUCAAAGAACCCCCUGUAUAUGAUUCUACCUAGAAACCUCUAUGAAGGGUUCUGCCUAGAACCCUUUAUAAAGCGGUUAUCAUCUAAAGGUUCUUCCUAGAACUGUCUGUGAAGGGUUCUACUGAGAACCCUUUUAUCUUUGGAGGGUUCUUCCUAGAACCGUCUAUGAACGGUUCCACCAGCCUUAUUAGCCUUUAAAAUUGUAUUAUUUAUGACAAUACAUUACAUAUAUCAUAAGGCCUUUCUUUGAGGACCUAGUUAUACUCUAACACAGUGGUGUUAGGAAUCUCCUGGUUUACAGGCCACAUCAGGCUUGCAAGUCACAUUAUGCUGGCUUGCAAAGUGAUGUGUAAUUCCUAUUGGAAUCCAGCCAGAGUUAGGAUAGCCAACAAGUGGAAUUGUUAAUCACCUGCAACCUGCAUUCAGAAUGACUGCCAUGGUAGGGAAGAUUGAAUACUGAGACUACCUCAAUCAUCUAAACUGGAACAACCAUCUCAGUAAUGGGUGCAAUAAAUUCAAUUACUAACAGAUUGGAUUAGUUUAGAAAACAAUGUUAUUUAUCUUUGUGUAGCAUAAAAUUAAUCGACCAAGCAAUGCAUUCGGGAAAGUAUUCAGACCCCUUGACAAAAUUACACAUUUUGUUAUGUUACAGCCUUAUUCUAAAAUUGAUUAAAUUGUAUUUUCCCCUCAUCAAUCUACACACAAUACCCCAUAAUGACAAAUAUUUUUUUUUUUUUUUUUUUUUGCAAAUGUAUAAAAAAAAAAAAAACGGAAAUACUGUAAGUAUUCAGACCCUUUACUCUGUAUUUUGUUGAAGCACCUUUGGCAGCGAUUACAGCCUCGAGUCGUCUUGGGUAUGACGCUACAAGCUUGGCACACCUGUAUUUGGGGAGUUUCUCCCAUUCUUCUCUGCAGAUCCUCUCAAGCUCUGUCAGGUUGGAUGGGGAGUGUCGCUGCACAGCUAUUUUCAGGUCUCGCCAGAGAUGUUCGAUCGGGUUCAAGUCCGGGCUCUGGUUGGGCCACUAAGGACAUUCAGAGACUUGUCCCAAAGCCACUCCUGCGUUGUCUUGGCAGUGUGCUUAGGGUCGUUGUCCUGACCAAGGCCCUUCUCCUCCCAUUGCUCAGUUUGGCCAGGCGGCCAGCUCUAGGAAGAGUCUUGGUGGUUCCAAACUUCUUCAAUUUAAGAAUGAUGGAGGCCACUGUGUUUUUGGGGACCUUCAAUGCUGCAGACAUUUUUUGGUACCCUUCCCAGAUUUGUGCCUCGACACAAUCCUGUCUCGGAGCUCUACGGACAAUUCCUUCGACCUCAUGGCUUGGUUUUUGCUCUGACAUGCACUGUCAACUGUGGGACCUUAUUUAGACAGGUGUGUCCAAUCAAUUGAAUUUACCACAGCUGGACUCCAAUAAAGUUGUAUAAACAUCUCAAGGAUGAUCAAUGGAAACAGGAUGCACCUGAGCAUAAUUUAGAGUCUCAUAGCAAAGGGUCUGAAUAAUUAUGUAAAUAAGGUCUUUCUGUUUUGUAUGUUUUAUACAUUUGCAAAAAUGUCUGAAAACCUGUUUUUCGCUUUGUCAUUAUGGGGUGUUGUGUGUAGAUUGAUGAGUUAAACAUUUAAUUUAAUCAAUUUUAGAAUAAGGCUGUAACGUCACAAAAUGUGGAAAAAGGGAAGGGGUCUGAAUACUUUCCGAAUGCACUGUACAUGCAAAAAAAGAUAUUAGAGUAAAACAUACAAUUCUGAAAAUCUCCCUGCAACAGAGCAUGCUGGGAAAUAUUGUAUAUUGUUCUAUGUAGAACUAAAUAAUCUUUCUUGCCUUUCAAAGAAUAAUCAAAUAACCCUUUCUUCCAAAAACGAUUCUUAGGAUGUUAAAGGUUCUAGGUAGAACCCUUUUGGAACCCUUUUUUCUAAGAGUGUAGCUGUAUCGAAGUGGAGUGAAAAGAGUGUUUCUCUUGAAGACAGCGAUGAUAGAUUGGUUUGAAAAGGCAAAUUGUUUUGUGGACGCCUGUUGUCAUGAAAUGUGGGUAGUAAUUGAGGGAAAUCAGAGUGCUUGAAUGAUCUUUAUAAAAUAACGUAUUUUACUGUUUUUGCUCCUUAUGAUUAGUAUUUGUAGAGUGAUUUGACCUUGAUUAUCAUGGUAUCAAUGUUACCGUUCCUCAGAUCUGUUAUGACAUGUGGAGGCGAGUGCUAAAGUACUUCUGGGCGGUGGUGGUGGGCUACUCCAUGGUCGUCCUGAUAGCCAUCUACAUGUACCAGUUUAAGACGGUGUCUGGCCUGUUCAGACAGAUCAUGGGCAUGUCUGAGGAAGGGUGAGUGUGCAUGGUGGCACUGUGGUCAACCCUGUACAUUCAAAAUGUUGCUUAUGCCUCCAUAUUGUUGUUGUCACCCCAAGACUUUAAAGUGCUACAGUGUUAAUUCAUUCAUUGACUCAUUCAUUGCCCAGGAAUUCCUCAUAUAUUGUACCCUGUGUCUGAAACUCUCCCUGAUGAUCCAUGGCUAAUAGCAUACUGUAGACAUCACAGGUUGGUGGCACCUUAAUUGGGGAGCACAGGCUCGUGGUAAUGGCUGGAGCGGAAUCAGUGGAAUGAUAUCCAAUACAUAUGUGUUUGAUGCCAUUCCAUUCGCUCCAUUCCAGCCAUUAUUAUGAGCCAUCCUCCCCUCAGCAGCCUCCACUGGUAGACGUUAUAUGCUCAGUGCUGUCCCUGUCCUCUGUCCUCUAGUCUGCGUGAUCUGGGGUUGGAGCAGUACGACACUGUGGAGCUGUUUGCUCGGAUCCUCCUCCCUGCAGCCUUCCUAUUGGCCUGUAUCCUGCAGCUGCACUAUUUCAACCAGGACUUCCUGGAUCUCACCGACCUGGACAACAUACCUGUCCGCCAGGGACAAACCAGGUGGGACAGCUAACCUGAUCACAACCCCUGGGAUAAUUAAGCAAUAAGGCCCGAGAGGGUGUGGUAUAUGGCCAACAUACCACAGCUAAGGGCUGUUCUUAUACAACGCAGAGUGCCUUGAUACAGGCCUUAGCUCUGGUAUAUUGACCAUAUUCUACAAACCCCCGAGGUGCCUCUUAUUGCUAUUAUAAACUGGUUACCAACGUAAUUAGAAGAGUAAAAAUAAAUGUUUGAUACCCGUGAUAUACCACGGCUUUCAGCCAAUUAGCAUUCAGGGCUUCGAACCACCUAGUUUAUAAUGUGCUUUAUAUCAGGGAGAAGGGAACUGUUACUAGUCCAUCAAAGUGGUCCUCUCAUGUCAUUUUCAUGUCAACUGUUCUUUUUAGAGGCAUUUAAAGGUCCAAUGCUGCUGUUUUUAUCUCAAUAUCAAAUCAUUUCUGGGAAACAAUUGAGUACCUUAGUGUGAUUUUUUUCAAUUUAAAUGGUCAACAAGAAACAAAAAAAGCUUCUUAGCAAAGAGCAAUUUCUCAAUCAAUAAUUUUGCUAGGACUGUCUGGGAGUGGUCUGAGUGGUGAGGUGAAAACAGAAAACGAGCUGUUAUUGGCAGAGAGGUUUGGAACUCUCUUUCUUAUUGGUCUAUUAACUAAUUUACCGCCUGGUGAUGUCUUCCCACCAAAACAGGCUGACAUUUCGGGUGUUCUCAAACAGCUCUUACACUAAAAGAGCAUUAUCAACAUUUUCACAAUUUCAAUGUAUUAUUCCAACCUCACAGUGUGGAAAUAUAUAUAAAACACAGGAAAAUUAUGUUUUUGACUGCACUGGGCCUUUAAUAAAACAAAUAUGUACAAUGGCAUAAUCAGUAUAAUCUCCAUUUACUGUAGAGAAAUAUUGAAAAUGGAGUAAAUUAAUGUAAUGAUGUGAUUGCUCCAAUCAUGUUUAAUCCUCGCUGGAGUUGUUCUUUCCUUUCUUUGGAAAACAUGCUGUCAUUCUCCACUCAUCUCUAUGUUGUGUCUCAUCCAUUCUGUCCAUCUCUCUUCAUCCAGAGAGGAAGAGCUGAGGAACUCAAUCAAUGUGAUAGCUGACAUGUAAGAGCUGCAUUUGUGUCUCCAUGAAUGGCAUGCUUCACACACGGUGGUUUGCCCAGUGUUUCAGAAAUCUUAAACACCCUUAGUUGGGCAAACUUACAGUAUAAAAAAGGAGUUGAGCUGUUUUGAUAAUGUGUUGCAUUAAUAUACAGAGAAGGCCCAUUUUAAUGGGCAAAAAUAUAUUUGGGUGAUAUAAUUUCAUUCCAUCAGUCCAUUAUGAAUUCUUAAAAAUGUUAAUGCAGUCUUUUUCAGAUAAUUUAAAAUAAUGUUAGCACUCUAAGUACAAUGUUUAACUGAUGUUUAUUUUUCCUCAGAAUUAAAGAAAACAUUGAAAAGUUACAGAAACGGUACAUUUUUCCAUACAUUUUCUUCCAUUACAUGUAUUGUAUCAUUAUUCUACAGUGUGUUCUGUAUAUAGUGUAUUACUUCUUCCAUGACUUGCCUACCGUCUCCCUGCUAGGAUGGCGAAGGAGCACAGUAAGCAGAUGAGUGGGGAGUCAGGACGUGUGGGGAGUCAGCACACAUUGGACAGUGAUGGACUGUCUGCCUCAUCAGAGAAGAAACCAGAGGAGGAGCAGGAGGGAACAGGUGUGUGCCACUGAGAUUCAGAUUCUAAUUUACUGUACCAAAAGUAAGCUUAUUUUAACAGCACAUAUACAAUACAAAACAAAUAUGCCACAUAAACAGCACAGCAUAUCACAUAUUUUAUCUGACCCUGAGUUUGGUGUCCUUGUUGUGUCCGCUAGGCCCCCCAGAGGAGCGUCUGACCCAGUGGGGGUUGAUAGUGGACCGGGCCGGCCUGCUGCUGCUCCAGGCUCUGGCUGUCUUCCAGCGGGCUCAAGAGAUAGGCUGGAGGCUGCUGGAGCUCCACAGCCUCAAGAUCGUCUCUACCGGCAUCAUCUGGGUGUCCCUGCAAGAGGUCAGAUGUCUUUACGUGACUGACCCUGAAACACCAUGAUUUCACCACAUAUGCUGUGUAGGGGGUCUGCAGUAAACAUGAGUUUUCAUUCUUUGUGUUCCUUUACCCAAGGUGUCUCUGAUGAACUUCCUGUUUCUGGUACUGUGGGCCUUUGCCCUGCCCUUCCCCCGGCUCCGCCCCAUCGCCUCCAGUGUGUCGUCAGUCUGGACCUGUGUCAUGGUGGUGUGUAAGAUGCUGUACCAGCUCAAGGUCAUCAAACCUCUGGAGUACUCCUCCAACUGUACCACUGUGAGUUCACUUACCACUAGAAUGCCCAACACUGAUCAAAUACUGACUAAUUCAUUAUUCUGUAGCAUCAAUAUCUACUCGGUAAUGGUUGGCUCCCAAGGGCAUUAUGUGAUGUUUUAGACACAAUGGACUGUGUGUGUGUGACUAUCUACAUUUACAGUAGUAUGUGUCUCUGUGUGUCUGCAGAGCCUGGUGUCAGCUAACGGGACGGGGCUGGAGCUGGAGGGGAACAUGGCAGAGCUGCUGAGGAGGUCUGCGCUGUAUGUGAAGCCUGUUGACCCAGCCAUAUGGUGUGGAGAGCUGCGCAAGUGUGAAGACAGGAUACUGCCCUGUCUCAGGGUAAGACAAGCUUCUCACUCAGUGUCUGUGGUUAUUUAGUAAUAUUGAUGUCAUUUGUCAGUCAUGCCAUGCACUGUAUGGCCAUGAAAGCCAUUGAAAGAGAGAUAUUGAGAUGUAUGCAUUUUAAUAACAGAUUAAUACAUAAUGGUAAGUACGGUACAUAGAAAUGAAUAUCCUAUUGUUAGUGUGGUAGCUUCAUUAAUAUGUGGUUCUAUCGUCUGAGUGUUCUUUGGUUGUGUUUUUCUUUGAUGUCAGAACCACCUGAUGGUGCUGGGGCUGCUGAUGUUUGAGGUGACGGUCCAUAGACACCAGCUCUACUAUCGCCUCCGCAACGACCUCAAGGUUCCCACCUUCAGCAUCAUCUUCCAGGGCAUCACACGCCAGCACCUGGACCACGGCAUCCUGCCCUGCAUCAAAUACUUCAUCAACUACUUCUUCUACAAGUUUGGCCUGGAGGUACAGUAGCUAUAACCGAUAUAACUAUUUUACUGUAGCUUCCAUUUGAGAUUUGUAUGAGAUUUGUAGUGACUGUGCUGUUAAUCUAUAUGUUUUCAUUUUGGAGGAUCAUCAUGUCACAGUGGUUGCAUAGCUCUUUGAGAUGGUCUUCCUGUCCCUCAGGUGUGCUUUGUGGUGGCGGUGAAUGUGAUUGGCCAACGGAUGGAUUUCUACGCGCUGCUGCACUCCUGUGCUCUGAUAGCUGUUCUGUCACGACGACGCAGGAAGGCCAUGGGGGAGGUGUGGCCUAAGUACUGCUGCUUCACUGCAGGACUCAUGGUGCUGCAGUACCUGCUCUGUAUCGGCAUCCCUCCCGCUCUCUGUGUCGGUAAGGAGAGAUAUCUGGAGAUUACAAUGUACUACAGUAGUAAAUACACCAUAGUUGAGGUGUGAUUAGGAUUUGAGUCACACGAUUGCAUAUUACGUAGGCCUCAUACUAAAGUUACUGCCAGUGUAAUAACAUGUAGUUACCCUGUGAUGGAAUAGUAAGUAGGCUACACAGAGUGAUGGAAUUGUUUCCAUCACUGCUUUCUUAAUCUUCUCCUCUAUCUGUCAGAUUAUCCAUGGAGAACCUCCAGUCAGGCCUUGACCUCCAACCUCAUCAAGUGGCUUUAUCUGCCUGACUUUGCCAUGCGUCCUGCCCCUUCUUUCAUUUUCUGUGAGUCUCUCUGUCUUCCUCCCAGCCAUUUCCAAUUUCAGAAAUUUUGGGGAAAUCUCCCAUUUACAUUCUUUCUUGAUUUACAUGAAAGUAUGAAUGCAUAUCUCAAGGAUUCAGGCCAUUGUCUACUAUAUGUAGUGUGUAAUGAAAUCCCUUCAUACACCAUCAAUCUGGAGCUCCGACAUACACUAUAUGUACAAAAGUAUGUGGACACCCUUUAAAUUAGUGGAUUAAGCUAUUUCAGCCAGACCCGUUGCUAACACGUGUAUAAAAUCGAGCACACCGCCAUGCAAUCUCCAUAGACAAACAUUGGCAGUAGAAUGGCCUUACUGAAGAGCCCAGUGACUUUCAACGUGGCACCGUCAUAGGAUGCCACCUUUCCAACAAGUCAGUUCGUCACGUCUGCCCUGUUAGAGCUGCCUCGGUCAACUGUAAGUACUGUUAUUGUGAAGUGGAAAUGUCUAGAAGCAACAACGGCUCAGCUGCGAAGGGGUAGGCCACACAAGCUCACAGAACGGGACCGCCAAGUGCUACAGCAUACAAUGACAUUCUAGACAAUUCUGUGCUUCCAACUUUGUGGCAACAGUUUGGGGAAGGCCCUUUCCUGUUUCAGCAUGACAAUACCCCUGUGCACAAAGUGAGGUCCAUAUAGAAAUAGUUUGUCGAGAUCGGUGUGGAAGAACUUUUGGUCAUGUAGUGUAAGUGAUCAAGGCAGCAAUUUUGUUUUUCUGUGUGUCCAGAUGACCACCUCCUGCUCCUGUGCUCCUCGCUGCAGUGGAACAUGUUUGAGGAGGAGAACCGUGCCGCGGUGCGCCUUAUGGCGGGGGAGAACGUGGAGAUCAGCCGCAGCUUGGACCCGCGCUCCUUCAACCAGUACAUCCCUGUCAACAACUUCCUCCACUGCAGGUCAGAGGACUCUCUAAGCUAGCGUGGUCGCAGACCUGUGAGUGCUUUAGACAACUCUUUGGACAACUCCUUUAUCGUUUUCCUACAGCCUACAACUAGGGCCCAGAGCUUUUUCCAGUCAGGUCAAAUGAUAUGGACAAACUCCUGCACCUACUCAGAUGGUAAUAUGGAUGUAAAUGUGUCUCUCCUUACCUCAGGUCCUACCUGGACAUGGUCAAGGUGUUUGUUUUCAGCUACUUCUUCUGGCUGGUGCUGUGCCUCAUCUUCAUCACAGGCACCACCCGCAUCAACAUCUUCUGCCUGGGCUACCUGCUAGCCUGCUUCUACUUCAUGCUGUUCGGGGGCAGCCUGCUCAUGCAGCCUGUACGAUACAUCCUCAGGCUCUGGGACUGGCUCAUCGGAUACACCUGCUUCGUCAUCGGCAUGAAGAACCUGCUAUCUGUAUGUUAGCUAGCAAAUCACUCACUGUCUCAGCUAGCCGUUCCUCAAACCUAGCCUAUCCUUGUUGCUGAAAGUGUUUUUUCAUUCAUAUACUGUGUGUACCACAUUGUAUUAUGCUAAAAACACAGUCGGUUUUAAUCACUCGUCAAUGCUAACUGCCUUUUCUGUGUUGGUGCAAUAAUCUAGUCUUCAUUCUUUGAUGCUAAUGUAACAGCUUCACUUACUACUCUCACUGUCUCAUGUCAAGUCUUCUGUCUCCUCUGAGCUAUCUGUCUUGCUGUAUGUGUGUGUCCACAGCUUGGCUCAUGCGCUUAUCUGGACAGCCUGUUGAAGAAUGGCUGCUGGCUCAUUCAGGCCUUCAGCAUGGUCUGUACAAUCAAAGGCUAUGAUCUCCGUAAGUCUGACUGAUAAUACCCAUUAACACACUGUGUGUGUAUGUGUGUGUGUGUGUGUGUUGUUGUGCAUUUGUGUAGCCUGUCCUAUCUGUGUCUGUGUGUUUAGCUACGUGCACACCUGCGUGUGUGCUUACAUAUGUGUGUAUAUGUGUGUGUGUUCCCAGCUGCUCCUGAUGAUGAGUGUGAGCUGCCGGAGGGGGAGGCUGGCAUCGUGUGGGAUGCGAUCUGCUUCACCGUGCUCCUAGCUCAGAGGAGGGUUUUCCUCAGCUACUACUUCCUGUAUGUGGUGUCUGACCUCAGGGCCUCCAAGAUCCUGGCCUCCAGGUUAGAAUCAUUUAGUUACUGACCUGACCACUUCCUUACCAAUGAUUUAAGAUGAUUUUAGAAUGCUUUGGUACUAUUGGAAAUAGUAAUGUUUUGAGACAACAGCUUGUUAAUCUAUUGAAUGGAACCAGCUGAAUGUAAGUCCUUAUAGGUUGUUUGUCUUUCAUAUUUCAAGGGGUGCUGAGCUCUUUGAAGCCAAAGUGAAGAAACUGGUUGCUGCAAGACUGGAGAUGGAGAAGAAGUCUGUGGAGACGCUGAAGAAGCAGUAAGACUUAUGCCACAGCAGUUUGUUUGUUCUCAUCUAGUUUUCAGUCAAAGGGGUUUGCUAUUGUUGCAUUGUUUUAAUUCACUGUGUUGAACCCUUCCUCUAGGAUGGAGAAGAUCAAAUCCAAACAGAAGAGUAAGCCUGGCCAAGGAGACGCAGCAGCGCCCCCUACUGAUAUAGUGCCAAAGGGUGAGCGUCAUGGAGCUAGUAGAAGUUGUCCAUAACCACUGAUGAAGGGUCAGUUCUUAUAUGUAUACUCUUUGAUCUGAUAUUUGUAUUUCCCCCUACUAGAAUUGGGGGGUAAGAUAGUCUGAUCCUAGCUCUGUGGUUAGGGGCAACGUCUACCUCCAGCUUUAAUAUUAGAUUCAAUAACACUAACUACUAAAACUGCUCAAAUCGCUUUACAUUCUAAGGUGGUGGGAGACUCAACUCAUCAUGGUCAUUAUUCUUCUUAUUCUCACUGAAUGAAAGGAUACAUUUAUGAUGGAGGGAUGGGAUGAAUGGGUGAAUAUGUUUUCCAGGUGAAAUUGAGAAGUCAGAGAAUGAUCAGGAGAAAUGGUGGAAACCAUGGGUCUCACGGCCUGGUGGUAAGUGUUCCAUAAACCUAAGUAAUAAGAUUCAGAUUUGUUCAGUUACAGACAGAACCUUCAAUAGGGGGAUAUGGUUUGAUCAUUUUCAUUUCAUCUCAUUAUGAAUAGUCUGUUUUUAAUUCAAAUUCAAGUAAUUUUAAGUGAUCAAAACAGUUCACAUGCUGCAAUAGUAUAAGGUAGAAUGAGCAGGAGUUCAUGUCUUUGUUGUUUUACACUUCUGUCUUUCCUUCAGUUGGGAACGACUGUGGCUACCAUCUAUUUGAGAGUGACAGUGAAGAGGAAGAGGAGGAAGUCCAGGAAAAGAAAGAGGAAGAGGCACCACCAAAGAAGAAAUCUGCUUUUCAGGUGAGGGACAUAGAAGACUAACUACAAGAGUAGUAAAAUAAUAUUUGGGUACGUUGUUGAAUGUGAUGUCAAGCUGUGUGCCUCCUUUCUCCACAGUUAGCCUAUGAGGCAUGGGUCACAAGCUCCAAAGCAGCCCUGAAUUUGCACGAAAAAGAGGAGAAGAGGAGGGCAAAGAAACAGCUGCAGAGACAGCAAGGUAAGAGGGGCUGGUCUGUAUGGGACUGUUUGCAUAAUGUUGUCAUAGAGACAGAAUAACUAAUGUAUUAUUUUGUGUCGUCAUGAUUUUCAUUGUCUGAUCCAAGGCAUUGAGAGGGCGGAGUCUAGUGAGGAUGAGUUGGAGGUGGAAGAGGAAGAGGAAGCGGAGGAGAAAGGUAAACAUUCCACCUCAACAGACCCUUUAUGGAUAUACAGUAGAAGAACUCUAGAAGUCUGUGUACUGCCACUAACUUGAUACAAUGUUUCUGUCCUCUCACAGAAAAUAUAUUUCAGAGGAUCAUCGACUCGCUCAAGUUUUUAUGGGUGUUUAUCCUGUCCCUUCUGGAUGACCUCACUGAGGGCCUGAACUCCUUCUGCAAAGAUGGUCUGGACAUCUCCAAAGUGCUACGCUUUGAAAGGGCUCUUCUAGGCCAGCAACAGAAGAAGGUGAAGUAACAUUCAUCUACAGGGGAUACGUCAUUUGACUUGUAAACCUCUGUUUUAAGUUAUGUCCUGCCUGCAGUGUUGACAAAAAUAAAAGGUAUAAUCUUUUCCCGGUUCCUUUUACAGGGGAAAGAGGUGUCACAGGAGAGCGUGAAGCGCUUCUAUGAGAAUUGGAUGUCCAGACAGAACACCCUGGCUUCCCUGGAAGACCAGGAAGACAUAGUUCCCCCCGUCUCCUCCCCUCCACCUGUACCAUCAUCACCACGAGGUUACUCCAAGCUGAAACACGGCCACUCCAAAAUCUCCUGGGGUAGCAGCUUGUCCAGGUCAGCAUUGAUGUAACACCUAUAGAGUCAUGAUUCGUUCAUUCAUUAAAUUAAUUCCUAUUCCAUUAGCAGGCUGCAUGUAUUAUACAGAACCGAUCACUCUUUUAUUUAUUAUUGAGUAUUUCUACUAUUAUGCUAUUCUGCAUUAUAACCUCUUUAUGGAGGCUUUAUGAAUGGCUUCAUAGGACCAGGAUGGUCAACAUGUUUCCCUGUCAUCAUGUCUUAGCUGCAUGACGGAUGAGACCCUGCUGGGGUCUCGUCAGCCCACUCUGGAUGAGCUGGAUGACCCUCCUAUACUCCAGCCCGCUGCCGACCAACUCAGACGGAAACUACUGAAGACUGCCAACCUGGACCUUGGCUCAUUUGACACCGAAGACCCUCCACCAAGGUGAUGGUGACACUUAUGCACUUAUGGUUUCCUCUGCUCUGUAUAUCGUACACCAUUAUUCAAGAUGGCACCGAUGGAGAAGGUGGCCGUUUUGCCAGCUCCUCCUCAACAAAUAAACUCUGAUUUUAUUUGACUUACUGUAUAUUUGGUUUCAUAUCUACUAACUCUCUAUACCCCUUUAUAAACUCAUAGUGUGUUUGACUCCAUCUUAUAUCCAUCUUUCUUUCUGAAUUACAUUUUCCAUCAGCCAUGACGAUACUGUUCCCAAUAAGGAGGACAGUAAAGAAGGAGAGGAUGCAUAUGAAGAAGAGGAGGGGGAGUAUAAAGAGGAGGAGGAGUAUAGAAUGGAGGAGGAGGAAUGGAGGGAGGAAGAAGAGGAGGAGAGGGAAAAAGCUGUGAUGCUUUCAGGAUCCAUCUCCCUGGACUAUCUGGAGUGUGAUGAGAAUAGCGAAGAUUUCCCAGACUCCCCCAGGCCUCUGAGUGAGACCAGGAACCUCACGGCCAGCGAGCUACUGCUCAACAAGUCAGUCAAUGGAGAUUGGGACUUUGUGGUUUUUCUUGUUACAGUCGUGGUAUAGUCAAGUGUACCCAUUCAGUUGUAUCACAGUACCUCAUAGUAAAGUAAAGUUGAGUAUCACAAAAAUCUUUUAAAUCUUUCUCACGUACUGUGAUUCUCCUCUAUUGCAGCAUGUUUGGUAACGAUGAAAUCGAAGCGUCUGAUCAGUUCUUCCAGUCUCUUCCAAGACACCUGAGACUGGUGUUUGCCUUGUACAACACCAUGGUGUCUAAGUCAGAGAUGCUGUGCUACUUUGUGAUCAUCCUGAACCACAUGGUGUCAGCCUCGCUGCUCAGUCUGAUCCUGCCCAUCCUUAUCUUCCUCUGGGCCAUGCUGUCUGUGCCACGCCCAACCAAGCGCUUCUGGAUGACUGCCAUCAUCUACACAGAGGUACGCACAGCAGGCACACCCAACGGAGUGAUAUGUUGAUUAGUUGGUUGGCUGGUUGGUUGACUAUUUAGAUCGAUGGUUGAUUAUAUAUAAUAUACACUAUAAAUACAAAAGUAUGUGGACACCUCUUCAAAUUAGUGGAUUCGGCUAUUUCAGCCGUACUGUUGCUGACAGGUGUAUAAAAUCGAGGACACAGCCAUGCAAUCUCCAUAGACAAACAUUGGAAGUAGAAUGGCCUUACUGAAGAGCUAAGUGACUUUCAACAUUAUUUCAACAGUAACUGUCAUAGGAUGCCACCUUUCCAACAAGUCAGAUCGUCACAUUUCUGCCGUGCUAGAGCUGCCCCGGUCAACUGUAAGUGCUGUUAUUGUGAAGUGGAAAUGUCUAGGAGCAACAACGGCUCAACGGUGAAGUGGUAGGCCACACAAGCUCACAGAAUGGGACCGCCAAGUGCUGAAGCGCAUAGCGCAUAAAAAUCGUCUGUCCUCGAAUGCAACACUCACUACCGAGUUCCAAACUGCCUCUGGAAGCAACAUCAGCACAAUAACUGUUCGUUGGGAGCUUCAUGCCUAAGAUCACCAUGCGCAAUGCCAAGCGUCGGCUGGAGUGGUGUAAAGCUCACCGCCAUUGGACUCUGGAGCAGUGGAAACGCAUUCUCUGGGGUGAUGAAUCACGCUUCACCAUCUGGCAGUCUGACAGACGAAUCUGGGUUUGGCGGCUGCCAGGAGAAUGCUACCUGCCCGAAUGCAUAGUGCCAACUGUAAAGUUUGGUAGAGGAGGAAAAAUGGUCUGGGACUGUUUUUCAUGGUUCGGGCUAGGCCCCUUAGUUCCAGUGAAGGGAAAUAUAAACCCAAACCAUACAAUGACAUUCUAGACGAUUCUGUGCUUCCAACUUUGUGGCAACAGUUUGGGGAAGGCCCUUUCCUGUUUCAGCAUGACAAUGCCCCCAUGCACAAAGCGAGGUCCAUACAGAAAUGGUUUGUUGAGAUCAGUGUGAAAGAACUUGACUGGCCUGCACAGAGCCCUGACCUCAACCCCAUCGAACACCUUAGGGAUGAAUUGCAACGCCGAGUGCGAGCCAGGCCUAAUUGCCCAACAUCAGUGCCCGACCUCACUAAUACUCGUGGCUGAAUGGAAGCAAGUCCCCGUGGCAAUGUUCCAGCAUCUAGUGGAAAGCCUUCCCAGAAGAGUGGAGGCUGUUAUAGUAGCAAAGGGGGGACCAACUCCAUAUUAAUGCCCAUGAUUUUGGAAUGAGAUGUUCGACGAGCAGGUGUCCACAUACUUUUGGUCAUGUUAGUGUAUAUAUAUAAUAUAUAAUAAUAUAAUAUAAUAAUAUAUGGCAUGUAGCAGACACUUUUAUCCAAAGCAACUUACAGUCAUACGUGCAUACAUUUUAUGUAAGGGUGAAUGAUGAUUCCUAUCUCUUCCAGCUGAUUGUGGUGGUGAAGUAUUUUUUCCAGUUUGGCUUUUUCCCCUGGACCACCUCGGCCUACCGAGGCAUCAACGCAGACCGGCCCUUUGCUCUGCCCAACAUCAUUGGGGUGGAGAAGAAAGAUGGCUAUGUUGUCUUUGACUUGAUACAACUCCUGGCUCUGUUCUUCCAUCGCUCUAUUCUAAAGGUACUGACAUGAAUGCUGGUUUCUGUGUUACAUCAUAUAAAAGAUACUAAAGCACAACUUUUUUUACAUUUAAAUGUUUAGUCAUUUAGCAGACGCUCUUAUCCAGAGCGACUUACAGUUAGUGAGUGCAUACUUAUUUUUUUUCAUACUGGCACCCCGUGGGAAUCAAACCCACAACCCUGGCGUUGCAAGCGCCAUGCUCUACCAACUGAGCUACACAACUUCUUCUGUCCGUAGUGCCACGGUCUUUGGGAUAACAAAGAGGUUGAGAUGCCGGACUUCUUCAAGAAGUUAAAGAAGAAGACGGAGAAGAAGAAGAUGAGUGGAGGAGACAAAGCAGGGGAUCAGCCGAAGCGAAGACUGCCCUUCCUUCCUCUACAGGCCUCAACUGCAUCCUUGUUUCGCAGACGGGGAAAAGCCAACUCCACUGAGUCAAACGGUACAUACAUUCAGUAGCCUAAACAUAGUGCUGAACUAAUCCGUUUGUUUGAGAGUGUAUUGAAGUUGAAAUGGGGUGUUGCCUGGCCAGAUGGGAAAUGUUACCCAAUAUACUAAUGUAUUUAGAUGUAAAUGGUAUAUUCUUGCAGAUGAUAUGCAGCACAAAAAGCGCCACUCAAAGAAGAAGAGGCACCACAAUAAAGUGCCCCUGACCAGGAAGGAGAGGAUCAAGAAGCUGAUCCGAGAAAGGAUGCUGGAGACUAAAGCUGCUAUCAUAGAAGUGUGAGCAUUUAGCACUCUAUACUUACGGAUAUGUCUUGUAGGUGUAUUCUGUUACUUUCAUUCCAUAUCCCCGGUGAUAACUGGCAGUUUACAAACAAAUCCUGGAGGCAGGACUUUUGACUGGACAUGAAUGCAUCUUUAAGAACUGGUUUCAAAAUGAAUGGAUAUUUUCAGCCAUGGUCCUCUUUUGUCUUCGCAGUGCCCUGCACAUAUACCUACCUAUCAGGCAGUUCUUCUAUGACAUCAUUCACCCAGAGUACAGCCCAGUGUGUGAUGUCUACGCUCUCAUGUUUCUGAUUGACGUAAUCAACUUCAUUGUCAUCAUAUUUGGAUACUGGGCUUUUGGGGUAAGAAAAGAGAGAAAAGAGAAUACCUGUCUGAGUCAGAAUUGAAUUUGGAAAGCUAUUUGGCCUACUUGUUUCAAGUGGAUUUCUUUCACUGUUUUCUUUUUGUGUCGGAACAGAAACACAGUGCUGCUGCUGACAUCACAGAUGCUAUUGGGGAGGACCAGGUCCCAUCGGCCUUCCUGGUCAUGCUGCUCAUCCAGUUUGGGACCAUGAUAGUGGACCGUGCUCUCUACCUCCGCAAAACCCUCAUGGGAAAAUGUGUCUUCCAAGUGGUGCUGGUGUUUGGUAUCCACUUCUGGAUGUUUUUCAUACUCCCCGGGGUGACUGAGAGGUCAGAGUGAAUGUUAAUUAAUUUACCGUUUAAUUACAGUGUGAAUAAACGUGUAAUAAUCAAAAAAGGAGCUGCUUAUUGACCUUUUUCAUGGUCAUUCUCUUGUGUUCUAGGAGGUUCAACAUGAACCAGGUGGCACAGUUGUGGUACUUUGUGAAGUGCAUCUACUUUGGCCUCUCUGCCUACCAGAUCAAGUGUGGCUACCCAAAUCGUGUGCUGGGAAACUUCCUGACCAAGAACUAUAACUACCUCAACCUAUUCCUCUUUCAAGGGUACAGUCAAUGCUCUAUGAUAGAUAAACAAAGGCAGACCAGAACAUCCCAUAAUACCAGAGUUGUCACACAGAGAUAGAUAGAGGACUCUAGGGUCCAAAAGCCUGUUUUAACAUGGGCAGCGCCAUUAAGGACUUUCACCAUUUUGAAGUAGUCAACUGGGUGGGACUUUCUAUGGGAAAUGAUCACAUCAGUCCUGAUAGAUGUACACACACACACACACACACACACACACACACACACACACACACACACGAACACUACAUGUUCAUGUUUUAAAUGUAUGUAAAUUGUAAAGUAUUUUGUUUGUAAUGUCUUUUUCGUUAUGUGUCAUACGCCAGUAAGACUAGCUGUCGCCAUUGGCGUCGGCUAAUGGGGAUCCUAAUAAAUAAAAAAAUCCAGGUCAUCAGGAGGGAUCAGCCAAUUAAUUAUACUUGUGAGAAAACAUUCCAUAACUGCAGGUGGCAGUAAAUCACCAACCUUGGCUUUAUAACUCAUGUGGCAGUAUGCAACCUUUCAGUUUGUUUGCCAACUCAUAGUAGUAGAACAAUAAAAUGGACUAAAACCAAGAUGGCCUCAAUGGCCCUGCCCAUGCUCUCACAGACGCCAUAAUGGGACAUACUCAAUGGCCCUGCCCAUGCUCUCACAGACGCCAUAAUGGGACAUAUUCAAUGGCCCUGCCCAUGCUCUCACAGACGCCAUAAUGGGACAUAUUCAAUGGCCCUGCCCAUGCUCUCACAGACGCCAUAAUGGGACAUAUUCAAUGGCCCUGCCCAUGCUCUCACAGACGCCAUAAUGGGACAUAUUCAAUGGCCCUGCCCAUGCUCUCACAGACGCCGUAAUGGGACAUAUUCAAUGGCCCUGCCCAUGCUCUCACAGACGCCAUAAUGGGACAUAUUCAAUGGCCCUGCCCAUGCUCUCACAGACGCCAUAAUGGGACAUAUUCAAUGUUGUGUCCUCUAACUAUCUCUAUGGGUUGUCCCUGUCUCCUCCUCAGGUUCCGCCUGGUUCCGUUCCUCAUAGAGCUGCGUGCCGUGAUGGACUGGGUCUGGACUGACACCACCCUCAGCCUGGGCAGCUGGAUCUGUGUCGAGGACAUUUAUGCCAACAUCUUCAUACUCAAGUGCUGGAGGGAGUCGGAGAAGGUAACUGGGAUGCCGAUAGGCUGGUAGCAGUUGUCAGUCUCAAACUCAUCUCCAUAGAGAGUAGAUCUGACUGAUAGUUGAUGGUGAAUCACUGUAGAAUUAAAGGGGUUUUAUCUGUCUUCAUGUUUGUUUGAUAUCUAUGUACACUAGACUAAGUAUCAAGAACAAUUGUGGGCAAAUAAUUACAACUUGAACUAACUGAAAUUGUGUUGAACUAUGAAUCAUUUGUCUCUUUCAUUUGUACAGAAAUACCCACACACCCCAGGGCAGAAGAAGAAAAUGGUGGUGAAGUAUGGAAUGGGCGGCUUCAUCAUAUUCUUAAUCAUCAGCGUCAUCUGGUUCCCCCUCCUCUUCAUGUCAUUGGUCAAGUCAGUGGCUGGGGUGACCAAUCAGCCUCUUGAUGUCUCCAUUCAGCUCAGCAUAGCAGGAUAUGAGGUAUAGAUGAUCCCAUCAGCUCACAAUCUUUCUAUUUUUGUAAAAUGUUCUCCUUCUGUGAGACUGUUAGUUCUGAUGUUGUUUUCUGUGUGUGUUUUAUACAGCCACUGUUCACAAUGAGUGCCCAGGAGCAGAACCUGGUGCCAUACUCACAGGCCGGCCUCAACCGGCUCACCAACCUCUAUGCCACUCACCCGGUAAGAGGAUCUCGUUACAACAAGUUGCAAGUUUGAGGGGCUGUGGAAUUGACCCUAAGGACCUCUGACAUACUCUUCUCUCUAACUCUCUCUCAGUCAGCCAUGCAGUUCCUUGUGAACUACAUGGCCGAGGACAUUGUCAUUGCAAAGAUCAAGAGUGAUGCCAGUCUGCUGUGGAGCAUCAGCCCUGCCAGCCGUGAUGCUAUGAUCCAUGAACUCAGCAACUCCACCCACAUCUACAUCACCCUGCGAUGGGUACUACUCAGGUACAGUGUAGCAGGGUUGGAUAGGGGUCUGGGUUGGUUAUAUGUGAAUGGGGUAUAUAACACCGUUAAGGCUUGAGGUCCGACUUUUUGACCUUGUGUUAAAGCUAAGAUCGUAUUAUUUGUGCUAUAAACAUAUGCCAUAUGAUACAGCCAUAAUAAACAACUUAACUAGUUAGUGAUAGUGGUAGUGAUUUCACUCUGUGUAUGUGUGUGUAUGUGUGCCCCUCCACCCCAGGAAUGCGUCUCUGUCGAUGAACGUGGAGACCGCGGGGGAACACACUGUCAAGUAUGAGGACCGGGCCUUGAGGGACCAGAUAGUUCAGAUGCUCAAAGGGACACACAAUGACUCUGUGUGAGUCUGAUCAUCACAGCACUCUCACCACAUCAUCAACUGUUACAUGUGUUUACAGCCACAGUCAACAUGACAUUUACAUUUUACAUUUUAGUCAUUUAGCAGACGCUCUUAUCCAGAGCGGCUUACAGUUAGUGAGUGGAUACAUUUUCAUACUGGCCCCCCGUGGGAAACGAACCCACAACCCUGGCGUUGCAAGCGCCAUGCUCUACCAACUGAGCUACAUAACUGUCAAUAAAAUAACCUACAAUCUGAAAGCUAGUUGUAGAAGAACCUAUUACACACAAAAGAACUCCAACUACAAAAGAUAUGAUCACAAUGGUAAUAGAAUGUUGGUGCUGAUAUGCGGUCAUUCAUUCUCUCUGCUAGGGUCAUUGAGUCUCUCCUGCCCAAGUUCAUCAGAGGUCCCGGAGGACUGGAGUCCAAGAUGGCCACCCGUCUGGAUGUAGGUAAGGGACCCUCUAUCCAACCAUCAUACUGUACAGAAAAUAAAUUCAACAAAUGCAGAUGCUUGUAUAACCAUGGAUCUUAACUAGUCAACUGAAGGUCAUCGUCUCUGCUUCCCAUUUAUUCAAAUCUUCCCUGUCCCAUCUGUAACACCCCAGAACACUCAGAUAGGCCUGAGGACCUCCAGAUGUUGGCCUUCUACCGGCCCCUGUCCAUCAAACUACAGCGGGCAGAAGACAAUGGAAGUGCAGAGGGGGGUCAGUGGUGGAUGGUGGAGGAAUGCACUCCUGGACAGGGGCACGUCCAGAGCAGCUGCCACAGCAUUGAGAUAGUAGUGUUCAACGAUAAAGUCAGCCCCUCCAGCCUGGGUGCUCUAGCAGGACAGGGGUAGGUAAAGAAAAAAACUCAAUGCUGCCCCAGGCUGGAGGGGACUAUCCCUUCAAAGUGGCAAUCAGCAGUUGAUACAGUGGGGAAAAAAAGUAUUUAGUCAGCCACCAAUUGUGCAAGUUCUCCCACUUAAAAAGAUGAGAGAGGCCUGUGAUUUUUAUCAUAGGUACACGUCAACUAUGACAGACAAAUUGAGGAAAAAGAUUCCAGAAAAUCACAUUGUAGGAUUUUUUAUGAAUUUAUUUGCAAAUUAUGGUGGAAAAUUAGUAUUUGGUCACCUACAAACAAGCAAGAUUUCUGGCUCUCACAGACCUGUAACUUCUUCUUUAAGAGGCUCCUCUGUCCUCCACUCGUUACCUGUAUUAAUGGCACCUGUUUGAACUUGUUAUCAGUAUAAAAGACACCUGUCCACAACCUCAAACAGUCACACUCCAAACUCCACUAUGGCCAAAACCAAAGAGCUGUCAAAGGACACCAGAAACAAAAUUGUAGACCUGCACCAGGCUGGGAAGACUGAAUCUGCAAUAGGUAAGCAGCUUGGUUUGAAGAAAUCAACUGUGGGAGCAAUUAUUAGGAAAUGGAAGACAUACAAGACCACUGAUAAUCUCCCUCGAUCUGGGGCUCCAUGCAAGAUCUCACCCCGUGGGGUCAAAAUGAUCACAAGAACGUUGAGCAAAAAUCCCAGAACCACACGGGGGGACCUAGUGAAUGACCUGCAGAGAGCUGGGACCAAAGUAACAAAGCCUACCAUCAGUAACACACUAGGCCGCCAGGGACUCAAAUCCUGCAGUGCUAGACGUGUCCCCCUGCUUAAGCCAGUACAUGUCCAGGCCCGUCUGAAGUUUGCUAGAUUGCAUUUGGAUGAUCCAGAAGAGGAUUGGGAGAAUGUCAUAUGGUCAGAUGAAACCAAAAUAUAACUUUUCGGUAAAAACUCAACUCGUCGUGUUUGGAGGACAAAGAAUGCUGAGUUGCAUCCACAAAGAACACCAUACCUACUGUGAAGCAUGGGGGUGGAAACAUCAUGUUUUGGGGCAGUUUUUCUGCAAAGGGACCAGGACGACUGAUCCGUGUAAAGGAAAGAAUGAAUGGGGCCAUGUAUCGUGAGAUUUUGAGUGAAAACCUCCUUCCAUCAGCAAGGGCAUUGAAGAUGAAACGUGGCUGGGUCUUUCAGCAUGACAAUGAUCCCAAACACACCGCCCGGGCAACAAAGGAGUGGCUUCGUAAGAAGCAUUUCAAGGUCCUGGAGUGGCCUAGCCAGUCUCCAGAUCUCAACCCCAUAGAAAAUCUUUGGAGGGAGUUGAAAGUCCGUGUUGCCCAGCGACAGCCCCAAAACAUCACUGCUCUAGAGGAGAUCUGCAUGGAGGAAUGGCCCAAAAUACCAGCAACAGUGUGUGAAAACCUUGUGAAGACUUACAGAAAACGUUUGACCUGUGUCAUUGCCAACAAAGGGUAUAUAACAAAGUAUUGAGAAACUUUUGUUAUUGACCAAAUACUUAUUUUCCACCAUAAUUUGCAAAUAAAUUCAUUAAAAAUCCUACAAUGUGAUUUUCUGGAUGUUUUUUCCUCAUUUAGUCUGUCAUAGUUGACGUGUACCUAUGAUGAAAAUGACAGGCCUCUCUCAUCUUUUUAAGUGGGAGAACUUGCACAAUUGGUGGCUGACUAAAUACUUUUUUUCCCCACUGUACAUCCAGUUUUGGACUUGUAAAUUAAUACUGUAUGUACCUAUUGAUUCUUGAAGAAUAUAACUUAUAAAUGCCUCAUGAGCUUAGUUCAACUGUCGUUCCCCAUCAGAACCCAAAAUAUAAGCUUGUUGUACUCCAUUGUCUGUAAACAAAAUGUAAACAAACACUACAUAGCCUCAAAACAUGGUUAAAACUAUAAUUUUGAUAUCAUGGAUGAUCACUCCUUGCAUCCAUAGCUGACAAUGAAUUUCAGUGGUUACAUUUCUCCAGUUCCAUCCCUCAGCUUUUUAUCGAACCAGGGGCGGGGCGAUUGCUUUGUUAUUGUUUCUACUCCUGAUUGACGCUUUGACUUGUUGAUUUGUUCUCACUGCUAAAUAAACUCUUUGUCCUCUUUUCCAUGGAAUCCCAUAUGCUAAUGUUGCUUGUCUGGCCUCGACCUUCAACCUGAUACCACCUCCUGCGCCAUUCCACCUUGCUACGGUAGAAUUGUGGGCCUGUACAUGUCUGUGGUGCUGGUCGUUGGAAAGUUUGUCAGGGAAUUCUUCAACGGUAUAUCCCGCUCCAUCAUGUUUGAGGAGCUGCCAUGUGUGGACCGGGUGUUGAAGCUCUGCACGGACAUCUUUGUGGUGCGAGAGACUGGUGAGAUGGAGCUGGAGGAAACACUGUUUGAGAAGCUAAUUUUCCUGUAUCGCUCGCCGGAGACCAUGAUCAAGAUGACCAGAGAGAAGAGACUAGAGAGCACAAUUACAUUUUAG